AUGUCAUCAUCUACUGCUAUUAUUGAUGGUCAACAACAACAACAACAACAAUUAAAAUCAGAUCCAAAUAUUGAAAGUUUAUUAAUUAAACAACCAGUCAUUACCACUCCACAAACACCAGACAUUGUACAAUUUAAGAAACAACAAGAACAACAACAAGAAUUAAAACCACUCACAAAUAAUAAUAAUAAUAAUUUAAAGAAGAAUGAUAAACAACAACAACAACAACGAGAACAACAACAACAACAAAUUGAAAAGAAACAAAAUAAUGAACAUUUGAAUGAAAAGAAGAAUAAGAAAAAGAAGAAAAAGGUUCCAAAGGAAUAUAAUCCAUUUGAUUAUCCUGAUGAUGAUUUUACACAUAAUCCACUUCAUCAUGCAAAGGAGAAUGAUAAAUCUUCAACAACACAAUCUACUAUUACUACCACUACUCCAUCAAAUACUAAAUCUACAACAACACAACCAACUACUACUGCCACAAAUAACAAACAAAGUAAACAAACAACUACAACAACAACAACAACUGAAGGUGGUAAUGAUAGUAAGUUAGCAACAACAACUACAACAACAACUGCAGAUAAGAAUAAGAAGGAAGAAAUAUUGAAACAACAACCAAUUGAUUUUGAUGAAUUGGAUGAAUUAGAUGAUAAGAAGAGUAAUGUACAAGAUACUAAUAGUAUAGUUGGUGCACCAGAUAAAAAAGAAGAGAAAACACAAGUACAACAACACAAAGAUAUUACUGAUGAUGAUACCUAUCAUGAUGAUAAUUUAAAUCACGAUGAAGAAUUGUUCAAUGAAAAGAAAAAGAAAGUUGAAAAAUUAUUAAACAAGGAAAUUAAACAAGAUAAUGAUAAGAAUACUCCGACUACUCCUGCUACUCCUAAAACUGCAGAAGUCAAUAAUAAGCUAGAGAAAGAUUCAACUCUUCAAAAUACUAAAACUAAUUCAGCAUCCGAAAAGAAUUCAAAGAAAUCUGAAAAGAAUGAAGAUAAUGUUAUUGUAAAGAAAUCUGAAAAGAUUGAAGAAAAGAAAAUUGAUCCAAUGAUUGAUGAUGAUGACGAUGUUAUUAUUGUAAAGAAUUAUCAACAAAUUGAAGAUGAGAAACCAUCCAAUACUGGAGAAACUAAACCUCUCAUUACUGAAAAGAAAGAUAAUCAAGAACCUGUGAAAAAGAAGGAAAACGAAAUUGCUGAAAAGAAGGACAAGACAAAAGAAGACAAGAAUGAAAAGAAAAAUAUUGAAACCAAUGAAAAGAAACCAGAUAUUACCGAUAACAAGUCUUUAAAUAAGAAGGAUGAAAAGAAGGAUUCAAUUAUUGUUGAAAACAAAUCAAAUGAUAAGAAGAAACCAGAAGAAAAACCAGCAACCGAAGUCAAGAAGAUUGAAAAGAAACCAGAAGAAAAGGAAGAUAAAUCAAUUAAUAAUCAAAAGACCACCACAACUGCCAAUGCAGAUAAAAAGCAAGAGGCCUUGGUUGACAACAAAUCCUCUAAUACCAAGUCAAAUGAAAAGAAAGAUACUGCUACAGCUCCAAAGGAUUUAACUGAUAAGAAAGUUAAGGAAGCACCAAAACAAUCAAAGAAGAAUUCCAAGAAGGAUUUGAGAUCACCUAGAAAACCAAUUGAUACCAAGAAACAAAAAGCAAUUGAUGACCAAACUAAAGUAAUAACAAAGAAAUUAGAAGAUGGUGUAAAGAAAUUGAAAGAAUCAAGAGUUUUGGAUGAAUUUCUCGAGGAUGAAGAACCUUUAUAA